AUGGUUGGUCCUACGAUUCAGGACGAUCUAUUCUCAAUAUUAACAAGAUUUCGCACUUUCAAGUGCGCCUUAACUGCCGACGUCACCAAAAUGUACAGACAAGUUUUGGUAGAUCCCAAUCAAACCUCUCUUCAACGCAUUUUGUGGCGUGACUCUAUGAACGAACCAAUUCGAACUUUUGAGCUUCUCACUCUUACAUAUGGCACCGCUGCCGCAUCAUUUUUAGCCAUUCGAUGUCUUAGGAAACUCGCCGAAGACAAUGCCAUCGCAUACCCAAAAGGAUCCAAAGUCGCUUUAAGGGAUUUUUACGUGGACGAUUUGGUAACUGGUGCAAACACAUUACAAGAAGCGUUAGUUAUUAAGUCAGAGACGUCUAAAUUACUAAUAGAAGGAGGAUUUAAAUUGCGAAAGUGGGCCUCUAAUGAACCCUCCCUUCGAGACAAUCAAUUUCUAGAUUCUCAAAAGGAAUUUGUUUUAUCGUGCGAUAAAAAAGACGAGACGCGGACAUUAGGUCUCGUUUGGAACUGUAAGGCAGACCAUUUCAAAUUCUCAAAUAUCGCAUCUUUGCCGCCAUUGUCGACACCAUCUAAAAGAGCUAUAUUGUCAAGAAUUGCAUUAAUCUUUGACCCUCUAGGGCUACUUGGACCUACUACAGUCAUCGCUAAAAUCAUUAUGCAAGAUCUUUGGCGCCUCAAGAUUGACUGGGAUGAAUCUUUGCCCUUAGAUGUGAAUACUAAAUGGAAACGUUAUGAAGCUGAGUUACCAAUGUUAAGAAAUAUAUUUAUACCACGAAGAGUCAUUGCAUUGGAUGACUAUGUCAAGCUAGAAAUACAUGGUUUCGCGGAUGCUAGCGAGAUUGCUUAUGGAGCAUGUGUGUAUGUGCGUGUCACUGAUGCCAAUGAAAAACACUCUACUAGAUUACUUUGUUCGAAAGGUCGAGUAGCGCCCUUGAAGGCUUUAUCUAUUCCACGGCUUGAAUUAUGCGCAGCGCUAUUAUUGGCACAACUCAUCGACAAGGUACUGAAAUGCCUGACUGUCAAAAUAGAUUCGGUUUACUUAUGGACCGACUCUACUAUAGUAUUAGCUUGGCUACAAUCAUGUAGUCGAACUUGGACUACUUUUGUUGCUAAUCGCGUUGGUGAGAUCCAGCAAUUAACUACUCCACAUCACUGGCAUCAUGUCAGCAGUCAAGACAAUCCAGCAGAUCUUUAUUCAAGGGGUGUGACUCCAACAUCGCUACUUCAAUCGCAACUUUGGUGGUCAGGGCCUACAUGGCUAAAUCUCGACAAAGGGAGCUGGCCUCAAUUUCCUUUUGUCAUAAACAAACAGGAGAUUCCUGAAUAUAAGGCUACUGCCAUCACCAUGAUCGCAACGAAACAACCUUUCGACAUAUUUGAACGAUACUCAAAAUUCUUGAAGCUGACUCGCGUGGUAGCGUACAUCUUUCGAUUUUUUAACAACUUAAUGAAGAAGAUCAAACCUUCGAGAAGUUAUCCACUACAACCUGGUGCGGAUAACAGUGUUUCGCCCGAUGAGAUAAAUCAUGCUACUCAAGUUUUGGUGAAAUUGGUCCAGAGAUUACACUUUCCCAAGGAAUUGGAACUACUCAUAAAACAACAAGAUCUGAGCAAGAGUAGUCCCAUUAUACGUCUAAAUCCAUUUGUAGACGAAUCUGGAGUUUUACGAGUCGGAGGUCGGCUCAAGCUAUCUUACCUUCCAUACACUGCCAAAUAUCCAGCAUUACUGCCAGGACAUCAUUCAUUUUCACGUCUCAUUAUAAUUCACGAGCAUGAAAGACAUUUUCAUGCAGGCCCGCAAGCCACUUUGUCUGCUGUUCGUCAAAGCUACUGA